AUGAACGAGCAAGCAUUCGUCCAGCAGUACACGACGCAGGAAAAGCUUCUCCUCGCCCAGGCGGUGCACAAGCUCGGCGCGGUACAAUGGGAAGCUAUCAGCAACCUCCUGAUGGAGCAUCCCGUCUUGAGCGAGCGGGCGGCACCUGAGCGCGAGCAGCUGUUCAGCGCCAAGGCGUGUGAGGAGGGGUAUGUGGGCUUGAUGACUGAUAUAGGCAUCAAUGUACCCGCAGAAGGGGGAACCAAACCCCACGCGAAACCGCAUCUCCGUCUCGCCCAGACCUUCUAUAUCGCCCGGGUCGCAGAGCUCAAGGAGACGAUCCAGACAUACGAACAGCGCUUCAAGACCCUCAUGGCGGAAAUCCAGAUGAUCAAGUCGGGGGAGAUGGACGCGGCGAUAGCGAGUGAAUUGAGGGGGGUGUUGGCGAGGAUGUUUGGGAAGAAGAUGCUGGAUGCGUGGGUGCCGGAAGUUGGAGAUGUGCAGGCGGCGGUGGAGGCUGGGGCGGUGCAGGAGGGGGAAAGGGAAGCUGCGGCCAGGGCCGAGGAGGAGAAGGAAAGGGAGGCAGCGAGAGACAAGGAGGCGGCGGUGGAGAUGGAGACAGCCGGGCCCGCAUCCGACGCGCGCGUCGCCGAGGCUCCAGAAGCGGAGGCCCCUGAGGAAGCGGCUGAAGCUGCUCCGUCGGUCCCCGGACCAGAUCCAACGGUCUCGACUACAAGGCCGACACGCGGUCGGUCCGAAAAGCCGAUAUCGACAAAGAAGGCGGCAGAUGCGGACGCAGCGCCAGUCGCGGUGGAGACGGGAGCGGCGGAAGUGGAGGUUGAGGAUGAGCCUGACGUCACAGCACCUCCAGCCGAGGCAGCCGUGGAGACGGAGGAGAAGAGCGCGGGUCCGUCGGAGAGGCCAAAGAGGGGGAGGAAAGCCACCAUAUCCGCCCCUGCUCCUCCUGCGAAAGAGCAUGAGCCCCCAGUCUCCGAGGCGGACAUCGUCGCUCCUCCCUCACCUACUACCUCGAAACCCACCGAACCCGCUGCUCCUCCCUCCCCAGCACCCGCCGCAGCUGGUCGUCCCACUCGCAAAGGCAAGACCCCCGCUCCGGAGAAGACACCUGCUCCCGAGCCCGUCCCGGACGCGGCGGAGGACGAGGAUGUUGUAAUGCACGAGCCUGACGCACCCACAGCCGAAAGUUCCGUCGAGGUCCAGGCGUCCUCAUCCCGACCGGACACCCGGCGUCGGCCAUCACGAGCCGGCGCUACCCCCGCGCCGGCGCCCCCGGCCAAAGAGUCCCGGUCGACCAAGAAGCCCACCACUCCUCCUCCAAAAGCCGUUUCUGCUUCCCCGGCCGGCUCGCCACUCUCUGAGCUGUCAGAGGCGAGUCCGGCUCCUGCCGCAGCUGCGCCUAAGGGGAAGGGGCGGAAGCCUGCACCAAAGCGUAACUCGCGAGGCAAUAAGGAGGUCACGCCUGUCGAAGAAGAGGCGGAAGAGGAAGAGGCGGCAGGUCCGUCCAAGCGAGGAGGCAACAAGCGAAAGGCGUCCGCUCCCGCUGCCGGUGCACCAACGACCAAGCGGAAAGGAGGGAGAAAAGGCGCUUCGCCGGCGCCUACCGUCGUUACUGUCCCCGACUCGGAGGCGGACCACGAAGAGGUCAACGAGGAGGAAGGGGCCGAGGAGGAGAAGCCAGCCCGGCGCGGUCGAAAUAGCAUGCCCGCUCCUCUGCUCACGGCGGGUACGACCGCUCGUCGUGGUCGACCACCCAAAGCCUCCCCUGCGCUCUCCACAGGUCGGACAAGGGGCUCAUCCCCCUCGGCUUCUCGCCGGGCACCGUCAGUCAGCUCCACGACCUCGGUAGCUACGCCUGCUACUGGACCUGCUAAGCGCGGUCCCGGCCGACCGCCCAAGAAUGCGAAAGCGAAGGAGGAGGAGGCAGAAGAGCCGGCAGAGGAGGAGGAGAAGCCGACCCGUGCAAGCGGAAGGAAGCGGGGCGUUGAGGUGGAUAUGAGCAUGACGCCAGCAACGACUGAUCGGGCAGCGCCAAAGCGGGGUGCGGCGGGUCCGGCAAAAGAAGAGGAAGCCGCGACGGAUAAGCGGCCAAAGCGGGGGUCGAUCCGAACACUCCCACCAACGCGUCUCGACCUUCCCGAAGAAAGUGAGCCGUCGGUCUCGGCGGCGUCCCUUUCGCCACGAAAGGAACGGGGUACGACCGGGGUCUCUGAUUCUGGAAACGCGGUGGCCGGGCCGUCGACUUCGGCUCGGACGUCUCUCGGUGGGAGGACCGUCCACAGCCCGGCGACGCGAGAUAGGAAGAUGACGGCCAAGCUGCUCAUGGGUUUGCUGGAUCAGGUUGGGGCGCACAAGAAUGGGAAUAUAUUCCAGAGACCGGUCAAGGAGAGUGAUGCGGAGGGGUAUCAUGAUAUAGUCAAACAACCGAUGGACCUCAAGACGAUGCGCCAGCGUAUUCGAGAUGGGCAGAUUGCGAGCGUUGACGAUUUCGAGAGGGACAUGCACCUCAUCUUUGCAAACGCUAUGCUGUUCAACGGAGAGGAUACGCCGGUAUAUGACAUGGCGGAAGACAUGCUCAAGGAUGCCGAGUCGCACUUGGCGCACUUUAGGGCGAUGCAGCAGGAUCUGGGGCGGUAG